AUGGAUGAGCAACUGCACGAGAUCAAUCAGAGAGCCGGGGGCGAUGAUAUAUCAAAUUCAAGCAAUAAGGAGAGUAGGAUUUCCGGUGAAAUUGCCGCAAAGUCGAAAAUGGGUGUAAUCGACGUGACAUGCGAUGAGUUUUUGGUGGAAAAUCAGAGAGUGUGUAGGAUAUGCCAUUUGAAUGGCAAGGAGAGUGGGGAGAAUUCGGUGGAGUUGAUCGAGCUUGGCUGUGGAUGCAAAGGGGAGCUCGGAGUUGCUCAUUUAUGCUGCGCUGAGGCGUGGUUUAGAGUGAGAGGAUAUAG